AUGGUUUACGAAUUGAUGGUUAAAGAUUCGAUGGUUAAAGAAUCGAUGGUUUACGAAUUGAUGGUUUACGAAUUGAUGGUUAAAGAAUCGAUGGUUAAAGAAUCAAUCGUUUACGAAUCGAUGGUUUACGAAUCGAUGGUUAAAGAAUCGAUGGUUAAAGAAUCAAUCGUUUACGAAUCGAUGGUUAAAGAAUCGAUGGUUAAAGAAUCGAUGGUUUACGAAUCGAGGGCUUACGAAUUGAUGGUUAAAGAAUCGAUGCUUUACGAAUUGAUGCUUUACGAAUUGAUGGUUACAGAAUCGAUGGUUUACGAAUCGAUGGUUAAAGAAUCGAUGGUUAAAGAAUCGAUGGUUAAAGAAUCAAUCGUUUACGAAUCGAUGGUUUACGAAUCCAUGGUUAAAGAAUCGAUGGUUAAAGAAUCAAUCGUUUACGAAUCGAUGGUUAAAGAAUCGAUGGUUUACGAAUCGAGGGCUUACGAAUUGAUGGUUAAAGAAUCGAUGCUUUACGAAUUGAUGGUUAAAGAAUCGAUGGUUAAAGAAUCGAUGGUUUACGAAUUGAUGGUUUACGAAUUGAUGGUUCAAAAAUCGAUGGUUACAGAAUCGAUGGUUUACGAUUCGAUGGUUUACGAAUCGAUGGUUAAAGAAUCGAUGAUUUAUGAAUUGAUGGUUUACGAAUUGAUGGUUAAAGAAUCAAUGGUUACAGAAUCGAUGGUUUACGAUUCGAUGGUUUACGAAUCGAUGGUUUUUGAUUAA